AUGACUGCACUUCACCAGUUGCUAUGGAAACAGAAAGCAUGAACUUGCUGGAAAUCUCCAAACCCUGGAUUCCAGAGAAUGUUCUCGACAUCGAUGCCUGCCCUGACUCAUUGACUACUAGUGUCUACUCCAAGGACAUCAUGGUGUAUCUCAUGGAGAAAGAACUACGUGAUCUCCUCUUGCCUGAUUUUCUGGCCAACAGCCCGGGAGUCACUUCCAGGAUGAGAGCUGUUCUCAUGGACUGGCUCAUGCAAGUCCAGCUGUUUGAAGAACUGACUGACGAGACGCUUCACUUGUGUGUGGCAUUCAUCGACACUUUCCUCAGUCUUGUCGAUGUCAAAAUGUCAACACUCCAGUUAAUCGGCAUAACUUGUUUGUUUAUCGCCUCCAAGUUCAAUGAGCGAUUCGCGCCAAAGAUCGAAAGUCUGUGCUACCUGACACAGGACACAUUUGUGAAGGAGCAGGUGCUACACUGUGAGCGUAUAGUCCUGCAGACACUUCACUUCAACCUGUCCCGCCCUGUUUCAGUGACAUUUUUAGAUCGUUACCUUCAGGUACACCAUAACCCCACAAAGGUGGAGUACCUGGCUCGCUACCUGUUAGAUCUUCACAUCACCAGCAUCAGCCUGGCAUCCUCGCCACCCUCGUUGAAGGCAUCCAGUGCUCUUUAUCUCGCACGUUUUCUCCUAUUAGACACAGCCCCUGCCUGGACACCAGACCUCGCCUACUAUACGAAUUACACGGUUGAAGAAUUACAAGACUGCGCCAACGAACUGAUUAAUCUCUUGAUCAAAGCACCUGAUUCCAGAUACCAGGGAGCAAGACUGAAGUACAGCAAGGAAGAGUAUAUGUCUAUAAGCUACUCUGAGCAAGUGAAGAAUGAAUUGAUGAUGACUAAAAAUUGA